CGGGAACGAAUUGCAGACGACGAUCGCAAUGUCGAAAUGGUGGCAUGGGAUGAGAACGGCGGCGAAAUUCCCUCCGCCGUCGGUUCAGUCGCUCUACUCUCCGUCUUCUCCUUACCACACGAUCCAAGCCAUACCUCGGGAAGCCACCGGAAGCCGAGACGCGGAACGAGACAGAACUCAGGGGAGGAUCCCGGCGGUGGUUUUUUUCGCAUAACGAAGAAUCAUGAUGCUCGCUCCUCCUCGGCCUCCAGGAAGCGGAUGUUGACCACCGAGAAGAAGCAAAUUCUAUCUAUCCUGAAUUGAAAAGUUGCUUUCAGAGGAGAAGAGAAUUGCCCUGGUCUUCAGAAAGGUAAUUUGCUACUUCCCUUAUUCAAUUUGGAAAUGGAAGGAAGUAAGUAGAGAGAGCUAAGUUGGUCACCACUGCUUGGUAGUUCAUAACGUUGUUUAGGUCCGCCAGUGUGUACAUUCCAUUCCUUUUUUUUGGGAACUUUCCACAAUGGCUGCAGAUUCUUGGCACUGGCUGCUGUUUGAGUAGUGAUUUGCGGAUUUUCUUGUGUGUUUUUUUUUAGUACCUUUAGUCAGUGUAUGUAGAAAUGGAGUGAGGUUGCGCAGUCUGCUGGUUCGUUGUGUUCAUAAGGCGGUUUAAGCGAAAGUUGGUUGGAUAAGUGGGAAUGUGAUUGAUGCAGUAGAGUUCUAUCCAUGGGACACAUGGUUAUUGUUGCUGUAUCCUGCUGUGUAUGUGUUCACCCUGUAAAAGCAUGAGUGAAGUUCCGCUGCAUCUUUCUACUGAUAAACAUGCAAUGCUGUUAGUUUUAGGCCACCUGGUUGCUAACUUCAUGAUAGAUUUCGCAUUUCUCUUAUCGUUUGGCAUUCCAUUACUUGGCUGAAGAACUUAUGUUUGCUUGCCACAGCUACUUGAUUUGAUCUUUAUCGAACACAAUAUCCCUCCAUGCGAUGCUUUCACAGAAUUGCUAGCUUAAAACAAUCUCGUUAUGUACCCAAAUUGAUCAAACAUGCUCAACCAAUGUGCUACCAUUUUGAUGCUGGUGGACAGGUGGCCGGUUGAACCAGGUCAGAACCAGCCUCAAGUUUCUCUGCACCGCGGAAAACAUCCCUCAAAAGGUCGAGGUCGACCUGAGCAGUCUGGACAUUGGAGAGAGAAUGUUUCCAUUCCUCGCUGAAGCUUCUGCACAAGGACGAGAGACCACCCCUGCUUGUAAGGUCGUUUCGACAGCUUUGAAAACAUCAACAAAACCUGUUUUUGCAUAGUGGAGAAUGAGCACUGCCAGAAACCGCACUUCGGGGGGUUUGCAAUUCAACAUGGAGAAUUCGUCCUUGGAGCGUAACCUGAUCCAUAUAUAUAUGUCUCCAGUCAAGUUGAUCAACAUCAUGUUUUUACCCUUCAGUUUCAUGGCCCCCUUCAAGCUUUCCCGGAGCUGUUCUUGUAAGCAAUGUGGAGUGAUAGCAGUUGCUGCAGAAUAUGAUUGAUCGAUCCAAGAGUGCAUACAUGCAAAAGACCCGACAGAGUACUCUUCUGCCCUCUUCUUUCGUGAUAUAUUUGAGCAUGAAAAUUAUUGAGAUUCAGCAGCAAUAAUGUGCAUUUUCGCUUGUAGAAAAUUUGUUUGUUUGGUAUAUUUAUGUAAGGUAGAUCUAACUAAGAUGCUUACAACACCAUCUGCUGUAAGGACGUCGUUAAAACGUCCACGGACUAUUCGAUUAGAAGUUAUUCGCUUCGCGCGAUGGUUGAAUGAACGCAAUGACAAUUU